AGUCGCGCAAAAGUCUUUGUUCGUAGAGGAUUGGGAGACAUUUCACCGCCUUCGGUUAUGACGUGCGCUCAAUUAUCAGAUAGCUGAUAAUAAAAUGAAAACGACUGUAGCAACAGGUAGCAUAUUAAGAACGGAGUAGAACUGGAAACAUCGAUAGUCUGUAUAUAGCAGUGUCAUCAUCUCAUAUACCACAGUGUCGCCAUUCACCACGGAUUGUUUAUUUGAUUGCAUUUGUAAAAUCUAUAAUUAUGUAUUUCACACAAACGUACAGCGGAUAUACAAGUGUUGUUAUGAUCUUCGCGUUGGCAGUCAGUUUACAAAUACAUUUUGCUGAAAGUCGAUCGCUUUCCACAGAUGAAUAUUUCCCAAACACGAUAUUCAAAAGAAAUUCAUGGUUUAGCAAAAAGUCAUUGGACAACUUAUCGCCAGCUUCACAGAAAGAAGUUGACAUCACCCCGAUGCAAGUUACAAAUGGCUGUGAAGAAGCCCUCUCUGUGUACAGGUGCUAUGCGGACAUGUGUGUACCAGAAUUUGUAGAGUGCUCGAGGACGUCAAUGAGUAACGAUUUGUAUGAAAUGUGUAAGCUGGAACACAGCAUGUGCGCGUCUCGGUGCUUUAAUGGGUCGGGAUCGGAACUGGAAAUUAAAUGACAUCACUCGAAAGUGUUUUAUAUUUAACAGAUAUCUUAUUUCACAGAAAGCUGAUAUUUUGCAAAUAUUUUUCUUCUCGGAAUUAGUACAUUACAAAACUUAAUUCAUCCUCCUCCCACUGUAUAGCCAUAUCAAUAAAAGUGUAUAUUUUCAUAUGCAG